UUCGCAUAUGAGGGGAAGGUCAGUGUAGGGGUUUAAUUUAAACUUGUGUGUUGAUGUCGUUUAUAUGCGGUUUAGAGCUGAAUUGUGUGUGUGUUAGUUCAUGGUGUUGAUGGCUAAUACUCAGUAUUAGUGUUUAAUUCAUGGUCGGAGUCUUUGCGGUUUGUGAAACAGCGAUGCUGCAGAGUUUGUGUAAAUUUCACCGGCAGCUCGCUCGAGCUCUUCUGCCUUUCGCUGCUCGUGCAUUAACGAGCGAAGCAUUAAAUUCACCCGCGCACGUGCAAAGAGCGAGAUACGGAAGUGCUACAGCAGAGCGCAGGAAGUUCUACCAGGAUGUCAGUAUCUCUCAGGGUGAAGGUGGUCUGUUUGAGAUAAACCUGGACAGAAGAAAGCUAAAAACUCCAGGAGGAAAACUUUUCACUGUGCCCAGUGAAGCACUGGCUAUUGCUGUUGCUACUGAAUGGGACGCUCAGAAGGACACACUCAAGUUCUACACCAUGCAUCUAACCACUUUGUGUAAUACAGCUCUUGAUAACCCAACGCAGCGCAACAAGGACCAAAUGAUCUCUGCUGCCCUGAAAUUUCUGGAGACUGACACCAUUUGUUACAGAGUAGAAGACCCUCCAGGACUUGUCGAAUUACAGAAGAAUGAAUGGGACCCCGUUAUGGACUGGAUUGAAAAAAGGUACAAUGUUGUCAUUGGGUCCUCCUUUAGUAUAAUGGGCCCACAAAUCCCAGAGAAGACCAAGGAAACAUUUCGCCAGCACCUUAACUCUUAUAAUUUGUGGUCUCUGACAGGGCUCGAGUAUGUGAUCUCACAACUGAAGUCAUUGAUUCUGUCUUUUGGCCUGAUUGACAGACAUUUAACUGUGGAACAUGCGGUUCUGCUGUCUCGACUAGAGGAAGAGUAUCAGAUCCAACGUUGGGGAAACGUCGAAUGGGCUCAUGACUAUGAUCUGUAUGAGCUGCGGGCUCGUACAGCAGCAGGUGCCCUGUUUGUGCAUCUGUCAUCUGAGAGUUCCACAGUGAAGAAGAAACUGCUUCAGGACUGAUCUGACCUGCACACAUGAGACAAAAUCCAUCUUCUCAGCUUGUAGUAUUGUCAUAUCGUUAGACAAAAUUCUCUUUCUACGAUAAUUAUAUGUCUGAAUUUGUAACGUUGCUAUGUAUAAUUUAAAGUCUAAAGCCUUUAACCAAUUUCUCUGUAGUGUGUUUGUGAAGACAUCUCUGAGAAUGUUAGUGGCAUCUAUAAAAGUGUUUUACAAUAUUUUCUAUAUCAAUUUAGGUUAGUAUUGCUACUUCAUAGUUUCAGGACAACUUAGUUUGAGUCGGCGCUGGAGUUACUGUCUGUGCAGUUUCACAUAAUGUUCUCCCUAUGUCUGUGUAGUUUUCCUCUGAGUUCUCAGAUUUUCUCCCACCUCCCAGGAACGUGCAUGUAGGUGGAUCAGCUACUCUCAGUUCCCUUCUAGGGUGUGUUCCUGAUUCUUGUCCAGUGUUCCUAGAAUAGUCUUAAGAUCCACCUUGACCCUGACACGAGAAAGUGCUUACUAAAGAUGAAUGUAAAUACGUUAAGUUACCUAUACUGUAUGUUGUAAUAUUACUGUGAAACAUUAAAUAUACAGUGGUUGGGCCAACUA